AUGUUCCAAUCAUGCCGGUCGAAGCACACCUCCGACGUAUCCGAUCAACCUUUUUUCUUUCCGGAAAACCAACAUCACCGGCAACUCAUCGAUCUUUUCUCUCCCAAACCUAAAUCCUUCUGUAAAACCAAAUGUCAUGUCGAUGAUGAACCAAAAACCAAUCUUUUCCACCCCAAAAUCACCGACCAAAUCGCCUCAUUUCCGGCAUACGCAGACUGCCGGAAACCUGCAAAAAAGAAACCCCAUUACAGGAAACCUAAAAAAGUGGAAGAUUUCUCGCCCACAACACAUAAUUACUACUACGGUUGGCGUACGAGUGAUGAAGAAGACGAAAGUGACGACGAAACCGUUUUGUUUUCAUCCCGUUCAUUCUCUUCCGACUCAUCGGGUUCUUUUCGUAAAUACAGAGCACAACGGAAGUCCAAGAAGAAAUCAAAGAGAAUCUGUGGCGACGGAGACGGAGACGGAGACGGAAACAGCUGUGGGUGUAAGAGUCAAAGGAUUUCCGAUGAAACACCAUUGGAGAAGAGUGGGAAGUUGGUGAAAGAUAGUUUUGCAGUGGUGAAGAAAUCGAGUAAUCCACAUGAAGAUUUCAGGGUAUCAAUGGUGGAAAUGAUUGUGGAGAAACAGAUAUUUGGAGCAGAAGAUCUUGAAGAUUUGUUGGAAUGCUUUAUUUCGUUGAAUUCGGAAGAACAUCACAGGGUGAUCUUUGAGGUUUUCACUGAGAUUUGGGAUACUCUGUUUUCAGCUUCUGUCUAA